GCAUAAGUUGGCUAUGUUGUGUGAGUAUUCGUUUCAGUACUUUGAAGUGUUGUCUGUAUCUGACUUCUGAAUCUAUGUAAUUUUCUUGUAGUCUGCUAAUAGUAUAUAUUUAUUUAUAUUUUAGAGGUUAUACGGUUGUAUUAUCUUGUUGAUACACGUUAGUUAAGUUUUUGCCCUUGUAAUCGGUCACAAAUACGGAAUAUGGCUACUGUGUUGAUGAGAAAGUCAUUUAAUUUCGUUAAACAACCACAACUUCAAAUCUCAGCACACUUAUCUGAUUCUAACAAAAAUGCAUUUAGAGCUGCAGUUUUAAAUGAUUAUGGAAAGGAACUGACUGUUCAAGAACGACUUCCGGAAAAAAAAUUAAACAAAGGCGAGAUAAGAUUAAAAGUCAAGUAUUGCAGCAUCAACGCUUCUGACGUUCUCAUAUGCAGUGGCAAAUACGAUGUAAUGCCGAAAGUGCCGCUAGUCCCAGGGUACGAACUGUUCGGUGAAGUGAUAGAACUCGGGCCGGGCGUGGACGAUGACGAUUUCAGCGUCGGAGAAUCUGUAAUCGCGCUAAACAAGGAACAUUUUUCGGGUCUGGCGGAACAGUGCGUGUUGUCUACGAAGGAUGCAUGGGUGGUGCCCUCCGUGGAUAAGCCAAUGUUGUGGUGCGGUCUGGCAGAUUCCUACGCGACUGCGCUUAUCGGUCUGGCCAGGAGGGGACAUCUGAAGACGAACAACACUAUUCUCGUAACUGCCGCGGGCGGUGGUCUUGGCCUGGCAGCGGUCGAUAUCGCAGCCAAUGUGUACAAAGCAAAAGUAAUCGCUGUGUGUGAAUCUGAAGACAAGGCCGAUACGUUGCGGGGAAAGGGAGCUUGGGCUGCACUUAAGUUCAGUCCAAAAGACAUUAAGAAGAAAGUUCAAGAUGUGACUGAAGGAAAGGGUGUUGAUAUAAUUUUUGAUUCUGUAGGAAAUGCUUCCAUGUUCCAGGACAGCGUGAACUGUGUAGCCCAUGAAGGUAAAGUCAUAGUCGCCGGGGCAGCGGCUCGCCAGGUGAAAGAGGUCAAGACGAGUCUCCUGCUUCCGAAGUCGUUCAGCUUAAUAGGCGUUUCACUGCAUUGCUAUCGUAACUCUGCUUAUAAAAUCUACAGACAAAUUGUACAAGAUGCGAUUGACAUGUUUGAGCAAGGUCUCGUAUCACCUCAUAUUGCCAAGACUUUCACACUGAAUGAAGUAAAUGAAGCUUUAAAGUAUGUUGGUGAAAAUGUGAGCACUGGUCAAGUAAUAAUCGACAUGCACCAAUAACAUCUGAUGUGUGUGUAAUCUCAUUGUGUGAAAACUGUAGAAAGUUUUUCAAGUAAUGUUUAUUUAUGUUUAAAUAGACUUAUUUGUACA